UUUAUUUACCGAAUGAGUGACAGUUCCAUCAAUUGAAUUUAAUUAAUUAAUUAAUUUAUUAAUUUUUGUUUUUAUAAAUAUAUUAUAUAUAAACUGGGGUAUAUUUUUUCGUUAUCAAUUGCUGAUAAUUUAAUUUAAAAAAAAAAAAACAAUUCGUCAUAUUGUAUGUUAUAUAUUAUAUAUAAAAGAAAAUAAAAAUAAUAUUUAAACUGAUAUAUAUUUGAAAGAUGAAAACUCGUCUGUCAAUUUAGCGAUCACGACAAUAAGGAAUUUAAUAACAACGAUAAUUAUUUAUUUAAAUAAAUCCUGGACAUUUAAAAUGAAUUUGAAAAUUCCUUGAUUGUCCUUGAACCUAAAAAAUAUUAAAAAAAUAAAAUAAAAAUAAAAAAAUAAUUGAAAAAAAAAAAUAUUAUCAUUUGUAUUCGAUAUUUAAAUAUUAUUUCUUAUUUUUUUUGUUUGUCGUGCGUAUAUAUAAAUAAUAUAAGAGUAUUUAUAUCAUCAGUUCUGUUGUGAUCGAACCAGAGCUUACUGCAGUUUAAAUUCAAAUAAAAUAAAUGCUCUGGUAAUUUAUUUAUCUAUUGAAAAUUAUAAAUUAAAAAUAAUAAAUUAAUAUAUCAGUAUUUGUUGGUAAAAAUAAUAUGAAGAUGGUAUUUUUAUCGUGAGUAAUAUGUCUAUGGAGUCGUUGCUCGAGGGUAAUAAUUAUUUCAAUAGGGAUAUAAAUAGUUUUAAAGUGUUGGUUUAAUUGUUUAUUUAUAAAUUAAUAAUGUAUCAAACUGUGUACCAGUCGCAUUUGGUGAUGCAGAUUUUAGAUCAGCAAACUAACAGACACUGCCCUCAAAUUCCUAUUCCACCUUAUCCUUAUCCUGUUAAUCCACAUAAUAAUUAUCAUAGUAAUCGGCAUCAUCAACAACAUAAUUAUCAUCAGGAUAAUAUCAGAGGCCAGUUAUUUCAUUUUAAUGGCAAUCAAAAUAGACAACGGGAACUAAUACAGAAUUCAAUUUAUCCAUUGGGACCUAAUCGAAGAAUGAUUGUUGAAAGUGUUUCAUCUAGAAGACCCGGAGGAUUUACUCCAGGAGUUAAUAAUCAUAGUAAUACAAAUGUAUCAACGAGAAACUGGCACCAGAAUAAUAACAAAAUAAAUAAUAAUAAUACUAAUAAUAAAAGUAAUAAUAAUAAUAACAAUAAUAGGAACGUAAAUAAUAAUAAUAGUAAUGGAUAUUCAGUGCCAACGAAUGUUAACAGAGUUAAUAGUAAUAAUGGUAGUAAUAAUAAAAUUAAUAAUAAUAAUAAUAACUGUCAUAAUGAUAAUAAUAAUAAUGGAGUAAAGAAACAAAAUUAUAAUCGAUCAAAUAAACGUAAUAUGCAGAGGGAUCAAUUGCAAAUAAAAGAAAUCAGUAGUUACGGUAGUGACAGUGGUUUUAGUUCGCGAUCUCCUACGCCAAAUAAACACACCGAUAGUCAAAAUGAGAGCUCCGAUGAUAGGGAAUCUAUCGCAUCGUCCGCUGAACCUGAUACCAAAAAAUUUCAACAAACACGUCCAACUCCAUUAUCAAAUAUAACGUUCGCAUCUCAGGGAUUUAUUAACAAUACAAAUCAAUAUUAUCCUAAUCAACAACAAUAUAUAAAUUAUUGUCACAAUAAAAGUCCUACGAUAAGUCCGUCUGCAUCACAACUGCAGCUAAAUAAUUAUCAAGGAAAAAAACGUAAUCACACAGGUGUAGAUAAAACAAGUCCGGUUCAAAAAUUUCAACGGGCAAGAAAGUAUCCAGAAUUGGCCUCGCAAUACAUGAAUGUGUUUCCAAAAUCAUUUUUGGCGCCAGAUCGUUACUUGGCGCGGGCGAAUUUAAUUGAGGCGACGAUAUUACCAAGCGAAUUACUGCGUAAAUCUAAAUGGGAUUCUCUGUCGAAAAGUAUUUGGGAUAAAUUUUAUAAAAAUCAACAAUCCCGAAUGACGUACAUCAGAAAAAUGAUGCUUUGGAAAUAUUUGCUGGUGUAUAUUAAGACAAUAUUUCCAAAAUACGGUCUUUUUUUGGUCGGAUCAACGAUGAAUGGAUUCGGCGCGUGUACAAGUGACGUUGACAUUUGUCUAGUCGUAAGAAAUACCGAAAUAAUACAACGGGACGAAGCGCUCUAUCACUUGGAGCAAAUAAAAACAUGUCUACGUUGCUGUGAUUUUAUUAGAAAUUUAGAAUUAAUUCACGCAAAAGUACCAAUACUUAAAUUUAGUGAUGGAAUACAGAACCUGGAAGUCGAUUUAAAUUGUAAUAAUGCCGUGGGUGUUCGUAAUACACACAUGCUUCAUUGUUAUUCGCGAAUUGAUUGGCGUGUGAGGCCUCUAGUACUUGUUGUUAAAUUAUGGGCACAAAAACAAGAUAUCAAUGAUGCUAAAAAUAUGACGAUAAGUAGUUACUCAUUAGUAUUAAUGGUGAUACAUUUUUUGCAAUGUGGUGUCAGUCCACCAGUAUUACCGUGUCUACAAAAUUUGUAUGGUGAUAAAUUUAGUCCUAACUCUGAUAUACACACUAUCGAUAUAAAUGAGGACAUGCACAUUCCGUCUAAACUCUUGGGUGAAUUAAAUCACCAGCCACUUGGUCAAUUGUUCUACGAGUUCUUCAAAUACUACGUCAACUUCGACUUUGAUAAGUAUGCGGUGUCAGUGCGUUUGGCCAAACAAAUCCCAAUUGAAGAGUGUCGUUUUACUCGUUCAUGGAAAAAUGAUCCUCAUCAAUGGAAAUGUCUUUGUGUCGAAGAGCCAUUCGAUUUAACAAAUACAGCAAGAUCAGUAUACGAUCACGAUACAUUUGAACACAUAAAAGAAGUAUUUAAACGCACAUGUGAAACUCUAGAGAAAACUCAUUCUCUGGAGAGCGUUUUCCGAAAACUAGUGCCAGAGGAAACGAAAGCGAGUCCUAGCAAGUCUUAAUAAAACAACAAUCAACAAGGAAACAAAAACCGAUUAAACGCCACAUAUGUCUUCAAACCUUAAAGAGGAGUCAGAGACUUAAAAGUUAAAUUAUAUAUUAUUAUUUAACAAAUACCUCAGCGGUGGAUAAAUAUCAAUAGCAUUUAAAGUGCUUAGUCUUACAUUCAUUAAUCUAUUAAUUAGUUAAUUGAUUAAUUAAUUAAUUAACAGUAAUCGCUCAUAUAAAUUAAUAAUUAUUGAUUAAUGAUUAAUUUAAGUAGUACGUAUGUGAAUGUAAGCUCAAAAAUUUUAGGCUGUGCUUAUAACGAGUCCACGCGUGACUAUUGAUUCUGUGAUAAUUAUUUAUUUUGAAAUUGAAUUUCGAUUGAAUCUAGUGCGCGUGUUAGUUUAGAAUAUUCAUUGAUUAUUUAUUCUUUCAAUCUAAUUAAUGAGUCAUUGCUAUUGAGGUUUAGAAGUCUGUUUAUAUUAUUAUUUUUUUUUUUUUUUUAUGUACGGUAAGGAAGUGAAUGAAGGAGGGGUUUAGUUGGGCGGAAAUACGUUUUGUAUUGAGGUGUUGAUUGUAAACCAUGGUGCAAUUUUAGUAUAUAUACAUCAGUAUAAUUCUAUAUUUAUUAUACAUCUUAUUUGAAAAAUUGCUGAUGUCUGAAAUCGAUUGAAUUUUAUUUUUUUUUUUGAAAUUUAAUCGCUAAUUUACUUAAUUAUUUAAAGAAAAAUAAAUACGUUGAUUGGAAUUUAUUUGAAGGUAAUUAAUAAAUAUUUGUGGGAAUUUAAAAUUGAUGAAUUUUUUUUUGUAA